GCACACUUCUUCACUCGCAGCCAUGAAGGUCGUACUCUGCCUCGCCGUUCUCGUGGCGGUCGUCUCCGCUCAGCGUCUGCCGCCAAGCGAGGACUUGGAGGCCGCGUGCGGGAACCUCGAGCGCAGGGAGUGUCUCUCCCGCGUGCGCCGCUGCCGCAACAUCCGCCGCGGCUCCGAGGACGCCCAGGCCAACAGAGACACCAUCCUGACAUGCGCCCGCGAGAACAACAUUCGGCCUCUGGAGAUCGCGGCCGCCAUGAGGGCCGCGGGCGGGAAGGAGGAGAUCUUCGACCAGCUGGACGCGACCCAGGAAACCAUCGACAACUUGCGUAUCUGCGUCCUGCGUUCCAAGGGCCUGGCUGACGAAAAUGGCAACAUAAACGGUGAACUGAUGAGCGCACAGAUCGAAGAGAAAUUGCGCGCCAAUCUGGAAGGAUCUCCCGACGUCUUGGAUGUCAUGUUGAAUGCACUUGCAACCUGCACUCUGCCAGUCACGGUUUCGGAUGUCCCCGACUUCCGCAACUGCCUGUCAAGCAACUGCAUCCAGAACUUCCCAUCCGGGAACUAGGCGCCAAGGUCCCCGACUGAGCAACAGGAGGCCUCGUCUCCUUUCGGCCAACUCUCGGUUUUCUUUCUCCUUUUCUUUAUCGGGACCUUUUAACUUCCUAUUGUCCUUCGUUAUUUUGAGUUCGGUUAUCUUUCGUUACGGCACUGUUGAAAGUAAAUAAUAAAUUUUAAAAUCCUA